AUGGAAACUCAAAAUCAAGCACUUGCCCUCGAAAUUGAAAACAUGAAAAUUCUAUUAGAAGUGGCUGAAGAAAUUUUAUUUUCAUUUACUUUGCCUCCAGACCUUGUAAAAAAAUACGAAUUUAUUCGAGACCAAACUUUUGAAAAGGUAGGAAUCUCUGAUACCUCUUCAAAAAUCUGGGCUUUUCAAAGCGAAGCUUAUGCUAGAGCAAACAGCAAAAGUCAACAAGGCAAGCCUAAUGUUAUGGAGGACGAAAUAAGAGAUAUAAAUUAUAAAUUAAAAGCAGAAUCUCUCAGACAUGUGAUUGCGAAAUAUUCUCAAAUUUUAGAAAACUCGAUAAAACUGCUACAAAACAUUGAGGAAAGGAUAGGGAAUAUAACAAGCUAUGAUGAGUGCACUUUUAGACCAAAAUUGAUGACACUAAGCAGCCCUGAUGAAUUUUCGCUAAAAAUUGCGGACCUUGAAAUUAGCAGCCAAAGAGAUCCAUGAUUUGUAUUGGAAAGUGAAGCAGAAAGGUCCUUUGCAGUAUUUUCACAGAAAAUAUCUAAUUAUGAAAUUGAAAUUUUUUCGACUAUAAGUAAGGUAGCUGAUAAAUACAGGCAAAAGAGUUUGAAUUCACAGACAAAUAGUGACGGUUUUAAUAAUUCAAAAGGAAGGUCUGAUAAUUCAGAUUUAGAAGAAAAGUUAAAGGCAAUAAAUGAUAUUUAUACAAAAGAAAGAAAACAGACUGAAAAUAAGCUAAAUUUCUUAUUAUCGCAAGGCUACAAAGAAAACGACAUCCGCAAAAUAAUAGAAGAAAAAGACCUUUAUGUCGAAAAAUUUAAUAUUUUAGAAAGAGAAUUAUUCCAAACCAAAACUCUCCUACAAGACGAAAUCAGAAAACUAAAAAUCGCCAAUAAAAAAAGCACAAUAGAGCUAGAAAGCCAGACAAAUAGCGAAAUCAGAGCUAUGAAAUUGUCACAUAGCAGCGAAUUUGAAGAAUAUAAAAAAUCACAAAUAAAGCGAGAGUCCGAACUUUUACAAAAUUUAGAAAACGCCACAGAAAAUCAUUCAGAAAUAGUUAGAGAAUUACAAGUGUCUCUUGAUAAUGAAAUCCGAAUAAAUGAUAGGCUGAUGAGGUCAUUUGCUGAUAUAAAAGGAAUUUUAAAUAUAAUUUAUCAAAAAUUCAAUUCAGAUGAGGACGCUGAAUUUAACCAAAUAAAAGAAGAGCUUACAAGAAUUUAUCAAGAUUUCGAAGAAGGCGAUUUACUUAUAAAAACAAGGUUUCUUGCACAUAUUAUAGAAAAAUAUAAUUCAGAUAAUAACUGACUGAUUGAAAGGCUUGGAGAAACCCAAAAAGAUAAUGAAAGACUUCAAAAAAUUGCUUCUCUGAAAGAUGAGACUUUUCAGAGUAUGAAAACUAAUUAUGCGCAGACAAGUAUGGUGCUAAAAGAAUUUGCAGAAGCCAGGGAUAAGCUGAAAAAUAAGUUUGAGACUAGCCUGAAUGAGUCAAGUAAAUCUCCAGAAAAAGAAAGCACUUUUACCAAGCUUUUUCAAAAAUAUAUAGGACCAAAAUAA